UAUUGGGUUUUUCUUUAAGAGUAUUUGGUUGUGUUUGUUCCCAACUUUUAACUGUUUCCAGCAGAUUGUGCUGUCUGGGUGUUGCAUAGAAGGAUAUGAUAUGGAUUCGAUGAGCUACACUUUCGAAGAACGAGGCUACGCGUUUUCCGAGAAUGUCCUUGACGAAUUGCAAACGAAUACGACGUUCGCGAUGAGCGGAGGUCUUCUCGAUCUACACGAGAAGAACUCGAACCCGUUUCAUCACACUCGUGCCAAUGAUCAUGAUCUUGAUCAUGAUCAAAGUCAUGAAGUUGAAGAACUUGUGGGUUUUGGUGACAUUGAGGCUUGGCUUCCCCGUGACGCCCUUAUUAACAUGGUAUCAGAGCCUACUACUACUAGUGCAACUGCUACUGCUAUUGCUACUGCUGCUUUAUUUCCCCACAAAGCGCCUGGAGUUACAAAUUUUGAAUCCAUCGAUUGUAACGCGAGAUUAGGGGCUUGCAAGAAAGCAAAAAGCAUGUGUUGCCACGGGUCGUCGACCGAGGGCUCGGAACAGCCCUCGUCGAAAAAGCCGAGGAUCGCGAGUUUCAACUCCCAACAACCCCUCGUUUGCCAGGUCCACGGUUGUUUCAAAGACCUGACAACGUCGAAAGAUUACCACAAGAGACAUCGGGUUUGCGAUGAGCACUCCAAGACGACAAGAGUCGUCGUCGAUGGCAUCGAACAACGGUUUUGCCAGCAAUGUAGCAGGUUUCAUUUGCUGACUGAGUUUGACGAGGAUAAACGAAGUUGUCGAAAGAGCCUUGCAGGCCACAAUGAGCGUAGGAGAAAGCCUCACUACGAGCCUCACAAUGUGGCAGGUGCAACGAGGUUCUUUGGCAUGAAUUCCCAGACGAGUCAUUUUUUCAUACCAGAACUGCUUCUUCCUGCUGGGAAUAACAAUUACUUCUGUCAAGAAACAGCCUUCGAAGUUGAGAACAGUAUGAGGCCAAUAAUGGUGAAGACUAAUAAUAAGAAAUUGGAGGAGAAGCACAUUUCUUUCUCCACCCCACAACUCCAACAAGGAUCACCUGGUGAAACCACCCACCAUUACUCUCUUCCCAAAGACCUCCCUCUUCUCCAUGCUGCAGCUUCUCUUGCCGGGUUGAGCCAAUUCCAAAUGAAUGCCGAUUUUGGAAACAAUCCUAUUUCAAGCCUGAGCUCUGUGCUGCGGGGCUUGACCGGAGACGAGGGUCUGCUGUGCCCGGCGGCCGACGGAGUCAUCGAAACCGACGGCAAUUACUGUCGCCGCCUCCUUGACGACGGCGCAGGCGGCGUAUACUAUGAGAAUGAGACGGAUGAAGGGUUUCAGUCUGAAGAAGGCGGCGGCGGGAUACCCACCAUCGAUUUGCAGCAGUUGUCCACCCAUCUCCACAGAGUUGAGCAGCAGAGAAAAGCUCUCCUGCUCUUAUAAUUGUUUCUCCUCCUAUAGUUAUCUUCUUUGAAUUGACAUGAUUUUUUAAUAAAGUAUUAUACAAUUU